AUGGAAGGGUCCAUCAGAUUCCUCGCCUGCUUGUCGUGUGUCAUCCCAAUGGGAUCACUUGUGAGAACUAAAAGAGACACUACUGGGAAUUUGCUCAACACAGAGGUGCACAGUGCGCCGGCCCAGCGCUGGUCCAUGCAGGUGCCGGCGGAGGUGAGCGCCGAGGCGGGCGAGGCUGCGGUGCUGCCCUGCACCUUCACGCACCCGCACCGCCACUACGAGGGGCCGCUGACGGCCAUCUGGCGCGCGGGCGAGCCGUACGCGGGCCCGCAGGUGUUCCGCUGCGCGGCGGCGCGCGGCAGCGAGCUCUGCCAGACGGCGCUCAGCCUGCACGGCCGCUUCCGCCUGCUGGGCAACCCGCGCCGCAACGACCUGUCCCUGCGCGUCGAGCGCCUCGCGCUGGCCGACGCCGGCCGCUACUUCUGCCGCAUCGAGUUCGCGGGCGACGUCCACGACCGCUACGAGAGCCGCCACGGCGUCCGGCUGCGCGUGACCGCAGCCGCGCCACGGAUCGUGAACGUCUCCGUGCUGCCCGGGCCCGCGCACAGCCUCCGCGCGCUCUGCACGGCCGAAGGAGAGCCGCAGCCCGUCCUCGCCUGGUCCGGCCCCGCCCUGGGCAACAGCUCGGCCCCCUCGCAGGCUCAAGGUCAUGGCUACCAGGUGACCGCAGAGCUGUCCACGCUGACCCACGACGGCCGCUACACGUGUACCGCGGCUAACAGCCUGGGCCGAGCGGAGGCCAGCGUGUACCUGUUCCGCUUCCGAGGCGCCUCCGGGGCCUGGGCCAUGGCGCUGCUGCUCAGCGCGCUGGGCCUCAAGGCGGUGCUGCUGCUCGGCCUUCUGGUGUCUCGAGCCACACGCCAACACCAAGAACACUCAGUUACCCAGGACACCCCAUCACGGCCCCAGGCUCAGGAGUCCAGUUAUGAAAAUUUGAGUCAGAUGAACCCCCGAAGCCAAACAGCUGCCAUAUAUUCUCCUCGACCAUCAACAUCCAUUUGUGCACCGUGAGAAGUGAAGGCUGGUACCGGAUGUGGCUGGUAUGGCCCUCAGGCUCUUUGGCAACUCCCAGCUGAGCAAGCCCCAAGAGGGACAAGACUGCUCACAGGAAUUCAUCUGGCCUCUUACUUGAAUAUGCAUCUCAAGCCCCAUAAUAUUGAUGCCAGUAAGGUCGACAUUCUGAAAAUGUAUGUGUGCCUAUGAGCCUCAGCAUGAAACUUCUUGAAAAACUCCCCUUCACCUUCAUUGCUUAGAGCCCCAUAGUAAAGCAGACAGGAAAUUAGUCAUAAGGGGUAGAAGUACAGGCUCUGUCCUGGUUUGCCCCCAACUUACCAUGUAGAUGAGGUCAUUUGCUACACCCCUAAGAAGUUCAUCCACUAUUGAACAUGAACAGUAAUCCUCCCCUCUGGCUGGCAGGCCAUUUCUAGCUGGAAAAUGGUAGAGGUAUGUACAAGGCCGUGGGCUGUUGGUUGUACAGUUCAUGGGUAACUAUGGCACCCACAAGAACUUUGUGGAGAACGGUUAUUGCAGAGAGUAAGGCUGGAGCUGGGACUGGGAAAACUGGGAUCAGAGGAACAUCAAAUCCAGGAGCUGAGUGGCAAGGAGAGGCCUUGCCCCUGCUUCCUAUGAUUUCCCUGGUGGCCACCCCAUACCCUCUGCCUACCUCUGUGGUACCAUGUCGGCUGCUCUGCACUGCCGUGAGCGGGGAUCUCCAGGAAAAGGAAACUGAAGACAUGUUGUUUUGGAGACCAUGUCUCAGGGGCUGAAGGAUGGUAGACCUGUGUUCUGGUGAAUAAAGCAGCUAUGGCUCUGACCUCUAUUUACAGCCCACACCCACCCAGGAAGUGCAACGUCCAGAAGCACUGGCAAUGUUGAAGUAUUUCUGAGGCCGGCCAAGCUACCUUUGAAGGGUGCUGUAUUCCUUCUCCACACUUCAGGGUAUAGCUUUUAGUUCUCUUAGAGACAGGGAGAUGUAUGCUUGGGGCCAGGUGAAGGCAAAAGGAAAGGGCCACAGAGUAGAGGACUAGGGCCAUGUUGCUUAUUUGGGGGGGGGGGGAUGCUCAGAAGGUUGAGGACAGUGAUUUUCAGGCUCCCCGCUGUAGCAGGACCCUCAACAGUGCAGGUGGGUGAUGACAGCUCAUGGCUGCCUUGGGAUACACACAGAAGCCUGUCCAACUAGGCAUUCUCUGAGCUGUUAAGAGGGCACAAGAGUCGGCAUGUGUACCUCCUUAUAGAAGGAUACCUGUAGGCAUGUCCAAGCACACCUUUAAAAUCACCAAGCACAAAGUUAGAGACCUGAAAGUGGUGUGGUAGAACAUCUUUUGGCCUCCUUAAAGCUAGUUUCAUAGCCAAGAAAAACUGCGAUAGGAAUUAUUAUUGUUUAUGUAUCUG